AAACAUGUUUUCAAUUUGUUAUGAUGGGGUAUUGUGUGUAGAUGGGUGAGACAAAUAAUCAAUUUAAUCAAUUUUUAAUUCAGACUGUAACAAAACAAAAUGUGGAAUAAGUCGAGGGGUGUGAAUAUUUUCUAAAAACACUACUUAUCAAGCAUGUUUCCACAGUGUCUGACUCGCUGGUUCUCUGUGUUGUUAACCAUCUAGGUACAGGUAUCUAUCCAAAUGCAAUAAUCUGGGUCCUGCUGGAGAGGAGGACUAUGCUGAGAGAACACAGAAACAUGCGAGGAGAAUCUUCACUGGAUUUGUGAGAAAGUGGUUGAACAUCACCAUGACAACAUACUGUGACACAUACAGCAGCCUAGUGCACACAACCUCCUCCUCCUGUCUCUCUCUCGCUCCAAUUUCACCAUUUAACAGAGCGACUUACAGUAAUGAGCAGUGGCGUAAAGUACUUAAGAAAAAAUACUUUAGAGUACAACAAGUCAUUUUUGGGGUAUCUGUCCUUUACUAUUUAUAUUUUUGACAACUUUUACCUCACUUCAAUACUUUUUACUAUAUACAUUUUCCCUGACAACUUGCACAUUCAUCUUCUGCACAUCUAUCACUCCAAUGUUAAUGCUAAAUUGUAAAUAUUUCGCCACUCUGGACUCUUUAUUGCCUCCCUAAUCUUACUACAUUUACACAUACUGUAUGUAUUUCUAUUGUGUUAUUGACUGUACGUUUGUUUAUCCCACAUGCAACUCUGUGUUGUUUGAGUCGGACUGCUUUGCUUUAUCUUGGCCAGGUUGCAGUUGUGAAUGAGAACUUGUUCUCAACUGGCCUACCUGGUUAAAUAAAGGUGGGAAAAAAAACUAAAGUACUCAUUACAUUUUGAAUACUUGGCAGAACAGGAAAAAUUGUGAAACACGUGGUCAUCCUAACUGCAUAUAUUCUGGCAGAUUUCCAGUACAUUAGACACAACAUGUGGCCAGCAGCAUACCGCCCUGCAUACCACUGCUGGUUUGCUUCUGAAGCUAAGCAGGGAGACCAGAUGCUGCUGGAAGUGGUGUUGGAGGGCCAGUAGGAGGCACUCUUUCCUCUGGUCUAAAAAAAGAAAUGCCCCAGGGCGGCCCUGUGUAGAGUGCCGUCUUUCGGAUGGGACUUUAAACGGGUGUCCUGACUCUCUGAGGUCAUUAAAGAUCCCAUGGCACUUAUCGUAAGAGUAGGGGUGUUAACCCCGGUGUCCUGGCUAAAUUCCCAAUCUGGCCCUCGAACCGUCACCCAGUUAACAAUUGGCUCAUUCAUCCCCUCCUCUCCCCUGUAACUAUUCCCCAGGUCGUUGCUGUAAAUGAGAACGUGUUCUCAGUCAACUUACCUGGUAAAGUAACGCAUAAAAAAAGGACAUUAGACAACAUGAGGUCAGUACAUUACACACAACAUGAACAGGAGAAGAAAAUGUCCUGACCUUAACCACAAUGUUACUAUUUCAUCACCUUCCUCUUUUGACAUUUCCCUUUUAUUCUGUGGAUGAAGUCAUAAACAGUUAGUCAAAGACUCAGAGCAGAGACAGGUACAGUAAAGAAACAGACACAGGGGCAACUAUAUUACCAGAAUCUGUAUAUAGACAGAAAACACAGUAAGUUGUUGGAGAGGUCAUCUAUGCUUAGCCAGAUAUGAACAUGGUCACGUUUGACAGAGGUGAGAUGGAGGAGAGGAUUGUGGAUAUCUACGUCAGUGCAGACACCCUGAGAGACGGUGAGACCAGCACCAAGAGAGAAGAGACAGAGGACACUGCUCCUAAUAAUGGACCAGGAGACCAGCACUCAGAGCCUGAUAGCUCAGGGAAGAGACCCUUCCUAGUUGCUGCAGUGUUUCUGGGGCUGCUGUGUGUUCUACUGGCUGGGAUCAUAGGCCUGUCUGUCUACUAUAAUAGAGCCAUCAACGAUUCUGAGGAUAAAAGGAACAACUUGUUUCAGAGUUUCUCCCUUUAUAAAAUCAACGCAACUGAAGAGAGAGACCAGCUACAGACCAGAUACAACAACCUGACUGAAGAGAGAGACCAGCUACAGACCAGAUACAACAACCUGACUGAAGAGAAAGGCCAUAUUCAGGCAAAGCUUUUUGUGAUAGAGCAGCAUUGUCAGGAGGGAUGGAGAUACUUUGACUCCAGUUUGUACUUCAUCUCUACUGAGAAGAAAACCUGGAAGCAGAGCAGACAGGACUGUCUGGAGAGAGGAGCAGACCUGGUGAUCAUAAACAGCAGAGAGGAACAGACAUUUCUCUUCAACCUCAACAAGAGACUCUGGAUUGGUCUGACUGACUCUGAUAAUGAGGGGAUCUGGAAAUGGGUGGACGGCACCCCACUGAUCACAGGGUACUGGUAUUACCCACAACCUGAUAAUGCAGUUCCUACUCAGAACGAGGACUGUGUUGAGAUACGUAAUGACCAGCUUCCUCUAAAGGCAUGGAACGACUUGUCAUGUGACAGCCAACUCAACUGGAUUUGUGAGAAAGCGUUUUAACAUCACCAUGACAAAAUACUGUAACACAUACAGCAGCCUACAGUGCACAGAACUUCCUCCUUCAUUCUCUCUCUCUCUCUCUCUCUCUCUCUCUCUCUCUCUCUCUCUCUCUCUCUCUCUCUCUUUCUCUUUCUCCCUCUUUCUCCCUCUUUCUUCCUCCCUCUCCCUCUCCCUCCCGCACGCACACACAUUUUAUUUGUUUGUAUUAGCAUAUGAAUAAAAGUCCUACUCAUUUCCUGAAAUUGUA